AUGGCUUUGGCAUUGUCAUGGCGUCGCCUGGUCGUGCGCAAUCCACAACCGCUCUGGCUUCGCAGCAUUGCGCAGACUGUUGCUCCCGCCCGCCAUCUCUGGACAUCGCGACCUCGUCGACCCGCACACAAACCUCACGCAGAGACGCCUGACCUGCGAGACCCCGACCCGCGUUGGAUACCAAUCGAUAUUGCUGGCCAGACGCACUCUUUCGCUCCUCUAGUCCUCCGCGACCUGUGCUCUUGCCCGCAGUGCAUUGACGUGUCGACGAGGCAGAAGCAAUUCUACACACCUGACAUUCCCGCCAACAUUGAGGCUCGGAGUGUGGAGGCAGACGCGGAGGGUUUGUCAAUCACCUGGGCCAACGACGUGCCAGGAUAUGACGAGAGUCACGUCACGAAGAUCGCGCUUGAUGCACUCAGCAGGGUCGUCAUCACCGGGAGCCCUGAGGUGGAGCGGCCUCAGCUGCCACGAUCCUUCUGGAAUGCCGCCACAUACGCCCAGGAGACGAAUGACUUUGAAUAUGCUGAAUAUAUGGCUGACGACAAAGUGUUGCUGCAUGCUGUGAAACAGCUUCACACUCACGGUCUGCUCUUCGUGCGCAACGUCCCCGAGGACGAGGAGUCUGUGAAUCGCCUUGCCGAGCGCAUCGGUCCCUUAAAAACAACAUUCUAUGGCAAGACAUGGGACGUUCGAGCGGUGCCAGAUGCGAAGAACGUUGCGUAUACUUCUCAGAAUCUCGGCUUCCACAUGGAUCUCAUGUAUAUGGAACAGCCUCCCCAUUUGCAGCUGCUACACUGCAUACAAUCAUCUUCCUCGGGAGGGGCAAGCCUAUUUUCAGACAGCUUCAAAGCGGUGAAAGACAUUGCACAGAUGAAUCCAGGUGCCUUCCGCACGCUCGCCAGACAGCCGGUGUCCUAUCACUAUGAUCAUCCGGGCGAGAACUAUUACCACCAAAAGAGGACAGUCAUUCAGCAAAAAGCCGUACCAGGGCGUUCACCCGUUGAAGAGUUGCAAGACUUGGACGUCAUGGAUUUCGUUUCGUCGGUAGCUUGGUCUCCUCCAUUUCAAGGUCCAUUCCGCUUAACGGUCGAUUCAAGAACUGGCCAACCCAUGCAAGACGCCGUUUUGAUGAGCAGAGCAUAUAACUUCCAGGUGUCGCGCUGGCAUCAGGCCGCAUCGGAGUUUAACAACUUGAUCCAUCGAGAAGACCAUAUUCAUGAGAGGCUGAUGAAGCCUGGGGAAUGCGUCAUUUUUGACAACAGAAGAGUCCUGCACGCGAGAAGAGCCUUUAACAUUGGGGAUAUUGGAAGGCAGAGAUGGCUCAAGGGUGGCUACAUUGACAGGGAUCCCUACUUGAGUAGACUCAAGACCCUGCCGUCGCACGCGCGCUGA